CGUGCAGCGUGUACGACAUGCUCUGCUGGCUGACUGGCCUCACUUACAGAUCGUACUACCAAGACUUGUUACUUAACAGCUUUAGUGAUUUGCUCGACAAGCCGGAAAAAUCGGACGACGCUUUUGCGGUAGACGGUAUCGGUCUCGAAAUCCAAACUGCCAAAUCCUUACUGGCGUAUCCCCAAACCAUCACCGCCGCGAAUUUAACAGACGCCAUCACAGAAGUAUGCUACUACGCGGAAGAUGUAUUGAUCACCGUACUCGGCCACGGAGAUGCUGACUGCACGUACGCCGUUGAGCAUUCCAACAACUCACUCAACUUGUAUUAUCCGCCUCGCAGUGAGGACUGCCUUCAGAUGAUCAUCGAUGUGCUUCGAAGUAUGCUGCAGCCGCUCACAUUUUUGAAAAAGCAAUGCGCGCUGGAAACAAAAUAUUACGGUUGGCAGCAGUGUACGUAUGGCAGCGGGGUUCAGCCUUCCUGUUGGCAGUGCGGUGAGCACUCUUCCAUCUAUCCGUCGUCCAGUCACGAUUGUUCAGGCACGUCGCCCCUGCAGCUGUACCUGACUGACAGUCUAGGAGGCAUGUUGCCUCACAGUCUGAGUUCCAUCGGUUGCAAGUCGUCAUGUUCCACCUGCACCAAAUCGUCACCUGGGAUGCCAUGUUUGACUCCCCUCGGAUUCAGCCGUUUCUCGAGAGGUACGCGCACAGGUAAAGACCUAAGCAACGUGCUGACCAAAUUCCUAAGUAACGACCAUGUUGCGUGGCUGCUCACGCUGGUCCCCAAACCGCCAUCCACAUUGCCCGAACACUACGGUUUUGUCACGUCGCUUGUACUUAGCAGUGUUGUACCAUUGACUCAACGGCAAGCUACACAUAAAUCUGUUGCUGAUGCGUUUAAAAAGUGUAUCUCCGAACAGACUAUCGAUCUCUAUAAUAAUCCUACUGAUUUGACAAACGCGCUCGGUAACGCAUAUGGCUGCAGCCAGACCGGUCAUGAAGCAAAGAGCCAUCUCCCUCCAUAUGCUGACUUGUCCAGCAUUUCGAUGACUAACACGUGCCCCGAUCAAGAUGUUCACUGCGCUCCAUACAUCGACUGCUUAUCUGCCAACUGCUAUAAAUACAUGGCCAAGCAACACGCUAACCUGUAUUUUUCGUGGUCUAUAUAUUUGCCAUGGAAUCUAUGGAAAUGUCUCUGUUCUCUACUUGACGCAUUUGGAAGCAUCAACUGCAAAAGUUUCGGGUGCCCCGGAUGUUCAUGUACACCAUCAUCUCACGGCGCCAAACACAACUGCAGUUGCAGAGCUCUUGUAUGUUGCCGUGCUGUGCUGCCAACGUUCUACAGAUACGGGUUCACAUUUAAGGACCCUAAAAUGUUGCUGGAUGGUAAGAACAGAAAGCGUUGCAGUCAUUUCUACACUCAACUGGAGAGUGUAGUCAAAUCGACGUAUUUCACCAAACUAUUCGAUCAGUGCGAUAUGAUCUUGUGGAGAAUCCGUGAACCAUUCUCCUACCUUGUCUUGGCCCUCUGGCUCCUCUCUUUGUUGUACCUCCUCCACAUCAUGGUCAUCCGCCUAGACCUCCUCCACAUCAAAUCGCAUCUACAUAGUCCCUCAUCACAUCGCAUUGCCGCUCAAUCAUUGUUGGCUGCUGCACGUGUUGGCAAACUGGGCAGGGUGUUUUAUCUGCAACCGUAA